AAAACCCCGGCCUCGAUCCCGCGGCCAUGGAGCGGCAGCAGGAGGUGAAGGCGCUGCUGAAGCGCUGGGAAGCGGAAUUCCUGCGGGAACAGCGGCGGAAGCCCAGCCAGGCCGACAUCGAAGCGGCUCCCGAGGAAACCCGGCGUGAGUUCCCAGGAAUUUCGGGCCAUUCCAGGGUGGGAAUUCCAGGGAAAGGGCAGAUUUUUCCUUCCAAAAAUCCCAAAUAUUCCCCUUUGGGUUAUUCCCACUUUUCCCCAGGGCUCUACAAGGAAUACAGGAUGUUGAAGAAAGAGUUGGGAAAAGGUUUGGAUCCCUCUGGAAAAGGGGGAUCCCAGGAAAUUCCAGCUGUGGAGCAGGAUUGCGGAUUUUGGGGUUCCCACCUGAACCGGAAGCCGAAGAUUCCCGGGAAGAGCCGGAGCGGGGCGGGAAUGUCGGCCCAGUUUUAUGGGAUGAAGCUGAAAUCCAAACUGGGACAAACUGGGAAGGAGCCCCCCCUGACCCCUCACAGGACCCCAAAUCCCAGGAGGAUCCCGGCCAUUCCCAGAUUCCGGACACAACCGGAGCCCACAGGGGGUGAGGAAGAGUCUGGAAAAUCCGGGAAUUGCGGAGAUGAUCCCGGAGAUUCCGGAGCCUUCGUCCUCCCUCCCUCCCUGUCGGGACUGCCCCCCCUCAUCCUCAGCUCGGGAAUGAAACCCCCCCUUCCUCCUGCUCCCGAAAAAUUCCAGCGGCUGAAGGAGAGGGUGGCCCAGACUUUGGGAUCGCUGGAUCCCGCCUGGCUCCAGAGGUGCCAGGAAAUUCCCGGGAAGGUCGAGAUUCCCACCUGGAAAAGGCCUGGUGGGAAUGUUGGAGAGGAUGGGGACGCUCCCAAAAAGCUCCAGAGGAACCACCAGGAACUGGAUGAGGGAAAAUUUGGGAUGAAGCAGAGCAGGGAGGAGGAAGAGGAGGGGGGUGCUCCAAAGGAAAGCGGGAAAACGUCGGGAAACAUCUUGGAAUGCUUGGAAAACACCCGGAAGAGGGAGAGGAGCACAAGGAAAAGCAGGGGGGAGCUCCAAAGGAAAGCAGGAAGGCAUGGGAUUGUUUGGAAAACAGGCUGGAAAAGCAACAGGAAGAGGAGGAAAAGCAGGUGGAAACUCCAAAGAAAAGGAGGAAGACCCCGAAACGUUUGGAAAACAUCCUGGAAGAGCAACAGGAGGAGCAGGAAACUUCCAAAGAAGAGGAGGAAGCUGCCAGAAGGCUCGGAAAAACUCCGGGAAGAGGAGGAAGAAGAGCAGGAAAAGCAGGUGGGAGCUCCAAAGAAGAGGAGGAAGAUUCCAAAAUGCUUGGAAAACAUCCUGGAAGAGCAAGAGGAGCAGAAGGAAAAGCAGGUGGAAGCUCCAGAGGGAAGCAGGAAGACUCCAAAGUGCUUGGAAAACCUCCUGGAAGAGCAAGAGGAGCAGAAGGAAAAGCAGGUGGAAACUCCAGAGGGAAGCAGGAAGACUCCAAAACGCUUGGAAAACUUCUGGGAAGAGGAAGAGGAGGAGCAGAAGGAAAAACCCAAACCCACACGCAAACCCAGAUCGGCCCCCCGGAGCGGUGGGAAUUUCGUGAGGCUCAACCUGAGGAGGAAAAGCUACGUCCGCUUCUCCCUGCGCGGGAAAACCCUCCGGAAGCAGGUGUGGAGGGAGAAGUGGAGGAAGAAGUCGGAGCGGUUCGGGGGCGGCGGAUCCGGAGUUUGCUUCCGCUGCGGGAACGCCGGACACUGGGCCGUGGAAUGCCCAGGGAGGGAUUCGGGAUCGUUCCCGGCGGAAAAUGAUCCCAAGGAGGAGGAGGAGGAGGAGGAGGAAGAUCCUCUUCCCACUCUGGAAGAAGUGGCACGAAGGACCAACAGCGUUUUCCCGGGAAUCUCCGGGAGCGGCUCCGACUCCCUGGAAGCGCCGCCGUCCCUGGAUACGCGGAGGCCGGAAUUGGCUCCGUGUCCUCUUCCGGCGCCCGUGGAGCCGCUUUACAGCCUGGGACCGGACGGAGCAGUGCCAGAUCCGCCGGAGGAGGUGCUGGAAGCUCUGAGGGAGUUGGGCUACGCCUCGUUCCGCCCGGGCCAGGCCGUGGCCGUCAUGAGGAUCCUCUGCGGGUUAUCCACGCUGGUGGUGCUGCCCACGGGGCUGGGUAAAUCGCUGUGCUACCAACUGCCCGCCCUGCUGUACCAGCGCUGCCGCCGUGCCCUCACCCUCGUGGUGUCGCCGCUCGUCUCCCUCAUGGACGACCAGGUGUCGGGGCUCCCGCCCUGCCUGAGGGCCGUCUGCGUCCACUCCAACAUGUCCAGAGCCCAGCGGGAAAAAGUCCUGGAAAAGGUGCGGGCGGGCGAGGUGCAGGUGCUGCUCGUGUCUCCCGAGGCCCUGGUGGGCGGCACCGGCUCCGGCUCGGCGUUCGGGGGCCGGGAUCGCCUCCCACCCGUGGCCUUCGCCUGCCUGGACGAGGCUCACUGCGUGUCCCAGUGGGCACACAACUUCAGACCCUCCUACCUGCGCAUCUGCAAGGUUCUGCGGGACCGCCUGGGCAUCCGCUGCUUCCUGGGCCUGACGGCCACGGCCACGCCGGCCACGGCUCGGGACGUGGCGCGGCACUUGGGGAUCCCCGCCGGGGAAGAGGCUCCGGCGCGCUCGGCCGCGGUGCCGCCCAACCUGCUCCUCUCGGUGUCCAUGGAGCGCGACCGCGACGAGGCCUUGGUUUCCCUGCUCCGGGGGGAGCGUUUCGGAGCCCUGGAUUCCAUCAUCGUCUACUGCACGCGGCGCGAGGAGACGGAGCGCGUGGCCGCCCUCAUCCGAACCCGACUCCAGGGAAUUCCCGGCCCGGAAUGUGCCACAACCACCCCGGGGACCAGAGGGAAAGGCUGCCCCCCGCCUCCCCUCAGCGCGGCCGCCGCCUACCACGCCGGGUUAUCGUGCGGGGAGCGCCGGCGCGUCCAGCGCCUCUUCAUGAGGGGGCGGCUGCGGGUGGUGGUGGCCACGGUGGCCUUCGGGAUGGGGCUGGACAAGCGCGACGUGCGCGCCGUCAUCCACUACAACCUGCCCAAGGACCUGGAGAGCUACGUGCAGGAGAUCGGCCGCGCCGGCCGCGAUGGCCGACCCGCCCUCUGCCACCUCUUCCUGGACCCGGAGGGUGGGGAUCUCCCCGAGCUGCGGCGUCACAUCUACGGCGACACGGUGGAAUUUUGGGCCAUCAAGCGGUUGGUGCUGGAGGUUUUCGCUCCCUGCAAGUGCCGGCAGAUCUACGGGAAGGAGAGGGGGGAUGCCCAGGUCAGGGAGGAGGUGGAAGACUCCGAAAUGGCGGAACUUCUGGAAGAGGAGGCCGAGGAAAAACCGGAAAACCCCGGGACGAGACCCCUGGACCGCGUCUGCCACGGCCACGAGCGCUGCCUGCCCAUCCAGCGCUCCGUGGAAUCCCUGGACGUGCGCGAGGAAGGGAUCGAGACCCUGCUGUGCUACCUGGAGCUGCACCCGCAGCGCUGGUUGGAGCUGCUGCUUCCCACCUAUUCCCGCUGCCGCAUCCGCUGCUCCGGAGGGCCCCGCCAGCUCCGGGACCUGGCGCGCAGUUUAGACCCAAAUCAGCGGAUUUUCUGUUUCCCCCCCGUGGGUGUUUUCCUGGCGCGGGAGCGGCUGGCGGGGCGGGAGCACCGGAAUUCCGGAGCCGUGGAGUUGGACGUGGUGGAGCUGAGCGAUUCCAUGGGCUGGGAAGCGGCGCUGGUGAAGCGGCACCUCCGGCAGCUCCAGUGGGACCCCCGGCAAAGGACCGGGAAAAGUGGGAUCCAGGUGGAAUUCCAGGAGCUUUCCUUCCACUUCCGCUCCUACGGCGACCUGAGCGGGGCGGAGCUGGAUUCCAUCUGCCACUUCCUGCUCCGGCGCGUGCGAUCCCGGGAAAAGGCGGCCCUGAGCCAGCUCCAGGCCUGCUUCCGGGCAUUCCAGAGCGUGGCAUUCCCGACGAGCCAUCCGCACCCUCCGGACCGGGAGGUGGAGGAGAGGAGCGCCCAACUCAAGGAUCUGAUCCGGGAAUACUUCGAGAGGGAUCCCCACGGAGCGGAAGGGCAGCAGGAGGAGCAGCAGGAGGAGCAGCAGGAGGAGCAGGAGGAGCUUGGAAGCACUCGGCUGCAGGACUGGGAGGGCCAGGUCCGCUCCGACAUCCGACACUUCCUGUCCAUCCGCCCCGACGAGAAAUUCUCCGGGACAGCCAUCGCCAGGAUAUUCCAUGGAAUCAGCAGCCCCCGUUUCCCAGCCCAGCUGUAUGGGCGGGAUCGGCGAUUUUGGAGGAAGCAUCUCCGGCUGGAUUUCCACGGCCUGGCCCGCCUGGCCACCCAGGAGCUCCUGGCUACCAUGUGA